CGCUGCGCUUCUAACUAGGCCAGCUAACGCGGCUAAAUCAUUUACCUCAGGAGAGUCAAGCCGAGUUCACCGAGCUCAAAAUGUAACUUAUAACUUCUGCAACUCUAAUUUGAGCGUAUAUCGGAGUGUACGCCGGUACAUUUGCGUUUGGGGGCCUGAAUUAGGGAGUAAAGCGACUCAUUAGUGUCCUGUUGCGAGAGAGAGAGAGAGAGAGAGAGAGAGGGGUGAUCUGACCUAAAAAUGAACUGUUGAUUUUGGAGCUGUGACAAAUGACAGAUGGAGAAGACUCACACACUGCUGCUGGGGAUUUUUAUCACAGUUGCCCUAUGCAAAUACUCGCAGGCUGAAUGGAAUACGACGAGGAACACAGCGAAUAAGACGGUGUCCUGUGGUCCCCAUGACAACAGCAGCAACUGCGCAGACAUAAAGGAUAUCCACCAAUGGACUGACCAUUUUUCCAAGUGUCCCGAAGAGUACGCACAUUAUUGUAUCCAUGGGACGUGCCGUUUUGUGCAGGAGCAGAACACACCCACCUGUAGAUGUGAGCGUGGUUACAUCGGUGCCAGAUGUGAAUAUUUGGACUUUGACACUUUGGUGGGCGAACAGAGGGAACUGGUCAUCAUUAGCAUUGUAUCUGGACUGGUCAUUCUCCUUCUCACUGUCGUCUUUAUAUGUAUCUGCACACACAGAAGGCUAUAUCGAAAAAAGAGAAGAAAACGGAAGAAAAGGGAUGAAGUGGAGCGGCUGAACACACUAAGCACAAAUGAAGCUCCACCUGCUAUCGGGGAAGUGUCUGACACGAACAUAGUAUGAGAGCUGUAAAGCCAGUCUACAGGGAGUUCUCCUGCUGGACAGGAAGACAUCCUGCCUGAUUAAUGAAUCUGAAGGCCUUUACAUCGACCCAAGGGACACGGUGUGUGAUCCAGCGCCAGUCUUUAUAUAAUUCAUCUGAAAUUGGGAAUGAUUGCAAAGGCAGGAAGGUAAACAGCAAAAGACUGUGCUAUGUACUUUUUUUUCCAGACUGUAACACCAGCAGCAGUGUGUUUUUGAAUGUUAUUGAUGUUAUGGACAAACAUCUGUUCCUUGUUUAACAAGCCAGAUUUGCAGAUCACUAGAACUGUCACCCAUAGAAUGGAUCUGUUUUUCUGUAAUGUCCUAAAUGACCGUUUAAUAGAUGGUUAUGUUAGACCAAUGAAUCCCUUUGUCUAAGAGAGGUUAAUGCUUUGCAGUAAAAAAAAAAAGUCUUUUAAAAAAUAGUCAGACGCGGCUCAUAUUUCUGACUGUUAUCGUGAUAAAACAGAAAAGAUUAAGGUGAUUUCAAGACAUUUUUAUACAUUUAACUUGUGUAAAGCUUGAAAUUGUCCUCUACUGGCAGAUAAUUUGACUGCUUUUUAGAAAUAAUGAGCAAAAUGAUCUACCAGGAGAGCAAGACAAUGAACUCUUAAUCAUCUUGCAUUUCUUUUCACACUAAGAAAUAUUAAAUAAAUUUGGCUAUAUUCAGUAUAUUUUUGUGAAGAUAUCAUUGCAGAGUGUGUGUGUGUGUGGGGGAAUCUCAAAACUCUUUGGCGGCAAAGUGCAAUGAGAAGACGACAAACGCAUCAUUCAGAGGCACUUGCCUCAGAAUCAAGAUAAUGGUUACUGCAAUGUUUGUCAAAUAAUUUAAACAUUUCUAGCAAAUACACUGAUCUAUUUAUUGCUGAAAAAUGUUAAAAGAAAUCUGCUAAUGUAGUGUUGUGCUGUUUUAUUUGCUAUGUAGAUUGAAAG